AUGGAGCUAAUUAUCAAUUCUAACUUCCCAGGGGUAAAUAAGGAUAUUUUCCCUCAAGGCCUUUUAUGUGAUAACAUUAUGGUCCUUGAGGUUUUGUUACAGUUAAUUAGGAGAGGAAAAAGGUAUGGGAUUUGUUUUGGUAAACUUAUCACGUCCAUGUUCUUUAAGAAUAAGUUGAGUUGCUUGAGUUCAUGGUUUUCUAAUGACAUGUGGAGGAGUCAAUGUAAUAGUUGGAUUAAUUAUUGUUGAAUUUGUAGUUAAUAAUUGGAGUAGAAAAUAUAAUAUUAAGAUUAAUUUGAGAAAUGCGCGUAAAAAAUAGAAGUGAGAGAACGGGGGAGGGGUCAAUUAGUGGGGAUGGAGGAGGGUUGAAGGGGGAAGUAGUGU